ACUUCUUCCCCCCACUUUAACGUCUAGUUGGCAUAACUGAUAAUUUCCGCAUUCCCAAAUCCUCCCAGAUAGAGCUAACUAUUUAAACGGGCCGAUGCAACGAUUUCCACUUUUUAAAAUCUACUGUCGACCUUCAGCUGACCAGAAGAAAGGACAACUGUUGCACUCGGAAUCAAAGUCAGCUGUGGUCACAGCCGGGUCUAACAUGAUGCCGGGACCAAUCCCAGAUCCCCUGGUGACAGCGGGCUCCCUGCCCAGCCUGGGUCCCCUGGCAGGGAUCCCCUCCACCACGCUGACUGACCAGCUCAAAUACGCCGACCUCCGGGAACUGGGGUCCAUGCUCUCUCCACUGCACUUCCUGGGCAAGCUAGGGAAGAGGCCCCUUAACAUCAAAACAGAGAGAGAUGAGGAAGAGGACAGGAGGAAACGAAGGAGAGAGAAAAACAAAGUUGCAGCAGCACGCUGUAGAAACAAAAAGAAGGAGAGGACAGACUAUCUACAAAGGGAAUCAGAGAGACUAGAAGUGAUGAACUCUGACCUCAAAGCCCAGAUCGAGGAGCUGAAGCAUGAGCGGCAGCAGCUGAUCAUCAUGUUGAAUCACCACCGCCCAACGUGCAUCGUAAGAACAGACAGCGUCAAGACCCCUGAAAGCGAAGCCAACCCCUUGCUGGAGCACCUGGAGGGGAAGUGAUGUCACAGGGCUCAGAGCAGCAGUGUCACAGUUACAGUUUACAGUGAAGCUCCACUCCGGCCAGCUAGCAGCACUUCAAUACCUCUGGGUUCUUGGCUUAGAGGAGAACCAGCUAAGCACUCCUGCCUGGAGCCAGAGAGCCUUUAAACACAAAGGUGACCCAAUGUGAUUGGACUUUGUGCUGGCAGUUAAAUGCAUUGUUUAGAUUUUUUGUUUUGUUAUUGUUGUUGUCAUUAAGGGCCCCAUAGUCCCAGCCACUAUCACUAUAAAUAAAUGGAAUUGAAUAAAUGGCUAAAUGUAGCUUGGUGAGCAAUACUCCACCGUUCCAAGGCAACAUGGCAGAUCUCUCAGGCCCCUAGGCACAGUCAGAGCUGUAUUUUUUGUUUAUACAUAUGUGUACUGGUUAAGAUGAACACGGAUGUUUUUUUGAAUAUACAUUUUUCUUUGUAUUAUGCCUUCGAUGGCAGACCGGUUGAACCGUUUUCUUUUUUUUGGCGCAGGCGUCAUAUAUGCACAUAGCCUACAGUAUAUAUUGACUGUUUACAUUGUAGUUGGUCUGUUAUUGUUACUUUCAAAUAUCGUUCUGAUUUGCAUACUCACUGUACAUUAUAUGUAUUAUUUGACAUACUGAACAAAAAUAUAAAUGCAACAUGCAACAAUUUCAAAUAUUUUACUGAGUUACAGCUCAGAUGAGGA